AUCUGCAAACGGAACAGUUGCUGAGUUCAGCUCGGUGAGAUAUACACUAAACUGAAAACAAGGUCAGUGAUUAGUUUGUCAAAAGUUCACAUACAUUUCACGUGGUAAGUUACUUUUAUUACACGUAGUUUUCGGUUUAUUUUACCGAGUUGCAUGUCAGGUUUAUUCAGUUACUCGGCUUUUACGGUGUUGCAGUCCAAAUGUUUACAGUGUGUCUAGUCAAUGAGUGACAGCCUGGGACAGCCUGUGUGUCAUUUCUUCAAACAUUAAUAAUAUGUGUCUUCAGGUCGUUGGAACACCAGUCAUGUCAGUGGCAAUGUUGAGUGGCAAGGUCCAGACUGUCCUGGGUCUGGUGGAUCCGGACCAGCUGGGCCGAACCAUGACCCACGAGCACCUGACCAUGACCUUUGACUGCUGCUACUCCCCUCCUCCUCCGGGCGACGAGGCAGUCGCGGAGAACCCGUUCCAGAUGCAGCACAUGCACUGGCUGAGACAGAACCCGUACAGCUGCCGCGAGAACCUGCUGCUGCAGCAGGAGACCGACGCCGUGCAGGACGAGCUGCUGGCCUUCAGGAAGGCCGGCGGGGGCACCGUCGUGGAGAACACCACCGCGGGCAUCGACCGAGACCUGCCCACCCUCAAGCGGCUGUCGCAGAACACCGGGGUCCACGUCAUCGCGGGGGCGGGCUACUACGUGGACUGCACCCACACCGAGGCCACCAAGAGGGCGAGCGUGGAGACGCUCACGGACAUCAUCGUCGGCGAGGUGCUUCGCGGCGCCGACGGCACGGACAUCCGCUGCGGCGUGAUCGGGGAGAUCGGCACCGGCUGGCCCGUCACGGAGAGCGAGACGAAGGUGCUGAGGGCCACGGCUCACGCUCAGGCCCAGCUCGGCUGCCCCGUCAUCAUCCACCCGGGGAGGGAUCCCGCGGCUCCGGCUGAAAUCGUCCGGAUUCUCCAGGAGGCCGGCGGUGACAUCAGCAGAACUGUCAUGUCACACCUGGACAGGACCAUAUUUGAUGAGGGUGAACUGCUUGAGUUUGCGAAGCUGGGCAGUUUCCUGGAGUACGAUCUGUUUGGAACGGAGAUGCUGAACUACCCGUUCAACCCGGAGCUGGACAUGCCCAGUGACUGCCAGAGAGUGAAGACCUUGGGGUUCCUCGUGAAGGAGGGCUACGGCGACAAGAUAUUGGUCGCACACGACAUCCACACCAAGAACCGCCUCGCCAAGUACGGCGGCCACGGCUACUCUCACAUCCUGAGGAACAUCGUGCCGAAGAUGCUGACGCGGGGCAUCUCGCAGCAGCAGGUGGAUCAAAUCCUCAUCGACAACCCCAAACGCUGGCUGACCUUCAAAUAAAAGCAGAAAAGUGAGACCCGAGGAAGACGCUUCGAUGAAUACUUCUAGCUCUUUGCAAUAAUCACAAAUUCAUUUACGUGCUUUCAGACCCUCAAACCAAUGAGCUGUUGUGCAUAAAUGUGUCUUUAACGUCAAUGUUUUUAAAUUUACGAGCGUAGCAAAAAAAUAGUUUCGGAACUUUGUCUUUCCGAUGAAAAAUAACUGCAGGGGAGUUUUUACAAAGGCACUCGUUAAUUAAAACUUGACUUCAUAUUUGUGAUUCUACGAUUCAUUUUGUAAGAAAGUAAUAUGGAGGAGUCUCGCCGGAUCAGCGCCUCUCAUUAGCAUUCUUAUUUCGGUCCCAUUUACGUCACGUAAAAAUGCCUUUUUCUUGCCGCCAUGAAUGCGAAUGCAAUCUAAAAGAAAAUGUUUUCUUUUCUCUUUACUCAUAAGUAGGGUGCUAAUUGUUGUUGUUUUUUUUCCAAUGUCAAUGUCGCUGCUUUUGUAGGCGUCUUUGCGUGGUGUCUGCAAAUCGGUUUUAUGGGAUGACGAUAAUGAGAGUUGGUAAUCGGUAUGCCGCGCUGCUCUCGACGCAACGCGGCUGUGUUGGAUGAGUUGUCCCGGUGCCCCUCAGUGGGGGUCUGGGGGCCUCUGGGAGGCCGACUGGAUGAAGGACAUGUUCUCUCCUCUGGGAACAGAUGGCCUCACAGGGGGACUUCACCGCGUGAUCAAUGGCAUGAUGGCCGCAAUGACUGUGUUGGCACCGUGAAAAAACAAAAAGACACUGUAUAACUGAUCAAUCUCCUGAGAGGGUUGGAAAGUGAGCCAAAGAAUUUAAUUUUACAUGAUGUUUUACACAUAAACAGACAGUCAUAGCGGGAGGGGGGGCUUCACAAUCAGCGGGCGCAUCACCGAGGAAACAUGAAUGUCAGUGACUGUCCAGUUUUGUGACGGUGACUCAGCAAUAGACCCCCCAGUGGCCCCAACCAGCUGUCACAUUGAGACGAGAAAAGUGAGUUACAAAGAUAACGUUGUGACCGUGAACAUCGGAAUCGCCAUUUUUACACAAGUGUAUUGUUUGUGUUGUAGUUGAAAUGUAAUUUCUUUUCGAUAUAAUCAUGCAUCACUUUGAACAUUUUCACUCAAAAGGCAACAAAUAAAGCACACGUGGAAUAAACUA